GAAAUAGUCAAACGCAACUUAGUGUCUGUGAGCAGCAGAAAGAGAAAUUUCAGCAGUCUGGACCUGGGCACUGUACGCCAGAUGUAACCCCAGGGGCAGAGUUCUAAGCUGGAUGUCUGCUUUUAAACGAUGUUAGCUUAAAGCAGCAACAAGAGAGAGGAGACAAUUGAUUUGUGAAAUGGAAAUUGAUUUGGACUUUAACUGUAUUACACACAGACUGGAGUUAAACAAAGAACUGUGAUUCUGUUUCCUUAAAGAUACAGUUUCCCAGGAUGCCCCAGUGGUAUUCUGUCAGCCCAACAUGAAGGAUGCUUUUCUUUGAUGGCUGGCAGUACCCCAAAAACCCGUGAUCUCGCUCCAUUAUCGACUUCAGUCUUCACAAUGAACCAGUUACAGAUCCUAGCCAUUAUUCUUCUGUAUUGUGUCAACCAAUCCCCGUUAUCUGCCACAGACCCCAGUAUGACCUGGCACAGACACAAGAUCCCAGUUUUCCUUCCUCAAGAAACAUUGAAGUUGGACAAACCCCAAUUCUCUGCAAAAGCCACGCUAGAACUGACGACCCACUGCAAUGCAGAGUGCCUAUGGAGAGAAGCUCACCCUUCCUUAGAAGAUUUAAAGGAAAAUCUCUCCUAUGAAACGGUUUACACCAAUGGCACUCGAACUCUCACUGUAGUAGACAUCCCCAACUUUGACCCGAGUACCCUUGUCUUGAAACAGUACACCCCCAUGAGAUCACGGCGUAAGCGGCAGAUUUUUGGGGUGGAUGGCAGGUUUGAUAUUAGUGGAAAAAAAUUCUUGCUCAACUUCCCAUUUUCUACAACAGUGAAAAUCUCCACUGGGUGCACAGGUGUCUUAGUGUCAGACAGACAUGUGUUAACAGCAGCACAUUGCAUUCAUGAUGGGAAAGAUUAUGUCAAGGGGGCAAAGAAGUUGAAGGUUGGGUUCUUGAAAGAGAAUCCCAAAACUCAGUCAGCAAAAAGUUCCAAAAUUCCACCAGAAUUAUUGACAAGGUGGACCCGUGUCAAACGCACGCAGGUGCCAAAGGGUUGGAUACGAUCUCAGAGUGACCUUGGUAUGGACUAUGACUAUGCUCUGCUGGAAUUGAAGAGGCCUCAUGACAGGCCACACAUGGAGAUCACGGUCAUGCCAACUACAGACCAAGUAGCUGGCAACAGAAUCCAUUUUUCAGGAUUUGACAGUGACAGGCCCGGACAGUUGGUGUAUAGAUUUUGUCCAAUAAUCAGUGAGACACCUCAUCUCAUCUACCAACACUGUGAUGCGCAGCCGGGCUCCAGUGGCUCCGGCGUCUAUGCCAAAUUGUGGUCGCCAGAGAAACAGGAUUGGGAAAGGAGGAUUGUCGGUAUAUUUUCCGGACACCAGUGGGUGGACCUGAACGGGAUGCAGCAGGAUUACAAUGUGGCAGUUCGCAUCACCCCACUGAAAUACGCACAGAUCUGUUACUGGAUCAAAGGCACUUAUAACGAUUGCCGUUCUGAAUAAAGCAAUUAGACAGUAUCAUAAGGAAAACCAGGAUUAUCCUGUCCGUUUUAAACAUUCAAUACCAAAUGCUUUCAUUCCCUGUACCUUGGUUCAAAAACAGAAGCCCUGUAUAAGAGUAGAGUGGAGGUGUCCUGAAAACAUCGUUCUUCACUGAGGUCGUGGUCACGGAGGAAAGUUGGGGAACUUGAGUACAUAGAGUCUUGGUGUGUCCAGGAUAAGGUUACCACCUUUGCCCAGUUUCCAACUAAACAGAGAUAAAAACAAAAAAACUGCGGAUGCUGGAAAUCCAAAACAAAAACAGAAUUACCUGGAAAAACUCAGCAGGUCUGGCAGCAUCGGCAGAGAAGAAAAGAGUUGACGUUUCGAGUCCUCAUGACCCUUCGACAGAACUUGAGUUCGAGUCCAGGAAAGAGCUGAAAUAUAAGCUGGUUUAAGGUGUGUGUGUGGGACUAAACAGAAUUGAGGCAGGAGGGGAGUUCAUGACUGGAAUUCUCAUUUUCCUAGCUGUUAAUAAAACAUUAAAAAUUGGCAUUAGGAAUUAAA